ACAUCCACCUCAGCCAUCGAGACAAAUUUUAUUAUAGCUAGUAACCAUCAAUCGUUUCCCUCUUCGCCAUGUGCACCCUGGUCGCGAUUCUCUUCGUAGCGGCUCUGUCGGUGGCAACCGCGGCACCGUCAGGUUAUUUGGGCCAUGGUGCCGCACUAGCCGGACCGAUUUUAGGGCCCGCGACCCUUACAGGUCCCGCGAACGGACCGUCCGCCCUUGCCGGGCCGGUGGUUGGACCCGCCCGCCUAUCCGGAGCGGUCGACGGGGGUGCCGUCGUUACUGGUGCUGUGGCUGGACCGUCGAUCGUUUCCGGUAGUGUUGCUGGACAAACGGCGAUAGCUGGCCCGGCUCUUGGCUAUGCGGCACCAGCUUUGGGAUGGCCAGCUUAUGCAUCUGGUAGCAUCGCUGCUGGACACGCCGGAUUAGGCGGUAUCGUUCGUGGAUAUGCGCCUGGACAUUGGUAAUUCACUUCACCCGACAAUAUGGACCAAGAACCUCCGCGACUGAUCUCUUAGAUGCCUGCAAUCUCAUUCAUAAUCUGCAUCACGAUCUGUAUCACGAUCUUCGUCAUUCGGCGUAUUUCUCAUUGCUCUAUCUCUUAUAUAUGUACAUAACAAAGUUUCGUAUAUAUAACGUUAUAUGUAAUAAUAAUAAUAAACGUAUGGCACUUCU